AUGUCCAUUCCUAGUAUCACCACCACACUUCCCAAGCUUACUAGUGUGGAAUUUGUGGAAAUGAAAGGUAUUGGACGCGCCAGGGAUGCCUGGGUCUCCCGGACUGUCGAUUUUAUUCGCCGCCACACGAAGACACUGAAAAGGUUGCGCUUCACCUCUAUGAUCGUAUUUGGUUCCAUUCUUACGGAACUCGUAAACUUGAAUUCUUUGCACUUGGAUUCUUUCGUUAUAGCGUCAGGAGACGACACUGACAACGAUGACUAUGGCGAGGACUGCGCCGAUGUCUACGACAGCGACGACUCUUUGUCCGAUAGAACAACGUAUGAGCGUAUGAAUGAACAGGCAGUUCUUUCUUACGUCAACCGAGCGGGAAACCCCGAUCUGAAAAGGCCACUGCCAUCUAAUAUACGCCCACAGACGUGGAUAUUUACACACUCCCUGGCCUUCAACACAACUACCUGCGAGCUUUCAGCCUUCCAUGCUACGCGGGACAACCACUGGCAAAAGAGGGGAUAUGAUUUGAAGGAUAUCAAAGCUUUGGAUUCUGCCACAUUUGAACGAAGAGAUGAGCAUGGAAUCGCCCAUAGUCUUGGACCUCAAAGGAUCUUCCAUUUCGAGACGGGUUUAUGGUUUGACUCGGACGAAGUCUUCUACGACCCUGUUACUGAUGAAGAGGUUGACAAUCCUUUGGAAAAACGAGAAAAGCCCAAAGAUGACUCCUGGACUGUCCGAGGACAACAUACGUGGGAUUCAAAAAUGGGUCUCUGGAGAGAUGGGCAAGGAAAACUGAAGAAGUUCGCGACCGAAAGAGAACUUCCAGAAAGACCAAAAGUCCCCGCCGAAGACCAAGACUCUGAUUUCUACUCCGACAUGCAGCCUUUCUACGACAGAGAAGAAGAUGAAUAUCUCCUCAGAAUCGAAAACUCUCCCCGGUGGGAUUGGGGACGAGAUGCCAAAGGUCAGGUUUGGUACUGGCAAGUAAGUGGCACAGCCGGCCAUGCAACCGAGGCAUGGCGUUUUGAACACAACGGAGAGUAUGCAUAUGGCAACGAACCCCUGGACUUUUGGGAUGACUGGUAUGAUGAACCUGGGGAUACGGCUGAGGGGACACCCUAUGGCUGGAAUCUGGCUGCUUUUCUCGCGAGUAAUAAGCUUGGUGGUGAAAUUCCGCAAUGGGAUACAUGCAAGUCCCUGCGUCUUUAUUGUAAGGAGGAUGACCCAAUGGCUAAACGUGACCUUCGCUUUUAUCUUCCGAAGCCAGUGGCUUUUGAGGUGUGGUCUCACAAGUCAUGGGAUGAGAUUGCAUUGGCAAUAAGUGCAUUUUAG